AUGUCGUUAAGUGGGAAUGAUCAUCAUCGGGAAGUGAUUGAAAUUGUUGAUGCUUCCGAUGAUGAUGAUUAUGAAGGCAAUAUAGCAACACAAACAUUCACCAACGAUAACAACAACCACAUUGUCUCUCGUCAUGAUCAAAAUAAUUCCAACACCAUGAUCAACAACAGUCCAACAUUGAUUGAAGACGAUAUGGAUGAUUCAACCGAGGAUGAACCAUUUGACGAAAUAGUAUCAACCAAUGUCAACAUUCAUCAAAAUGUUUCUUCAUCAGAAAUGGAUACUACUACUCUUAUACAGACACACACGAAUGAAUUUCAUGGUAUGGACACAACAGAUUUGGAGGAACACAAAGUCAUUAAUGUCGAUUCAGAUCACGAGGAAAGAAUUCAAAUCGGUGACAAUGUCACUGGCACACAAGGCGACAAAGAGACACCCAAAGAGAUACAACAACAUUUAUCUUCUCAUGAAAACAAGAGUCAUGAGUCUGAAAAGACCAUUUCCCCAGAAGAAAUACCUUCAGUUGAGGGAAAUCAAGAGAUUCAAAAUAAUCUUCAACUUCUCGAGUCGAGAUAUCAAAAGGUCAUUUGGAAGAAACGAGAAUUCUCUCACGAUUCGAGAGUUUGUGAAGUCUUGUUGAAGGAAAAUGGAGAGAAACGAACUGUUAAAACAAUACUCUUACCACCACAUGGUAACAUGCAAGAAUAUUUGGACUUGGCAACGAAAAUUACGCAGCUUAAUCAUCCAAACAUUAUUCCAAUGUAUCCUCCAUUUAUACUUGGCAAUUUACUUUGCAUUGAAAUGGACUAUAUGGAACACGGGAGCUUGGAAGAAUGCUUUGAAAGUAUUGAAAAACCGCCUUCUGAAAAGAUGUUACAUUCAUUACUUCAACAAGUAGCUAGUGCCUUACAGUACAUGAAUUCACAGAAGAGCAUGUUGCAUCGAAAUAUCAUACCGAGUAGCAUUUUGGUCAAGUCACUGAAGUACGAGACAGAUGAAAUUCAUGUUUGCCUCUCUGGUUUUGUUUUUGAAAAAUCCACACAUUACUGGCCUAUCGAUGAAAGAUACGUUUCUCCUGACAUUAGAAAUUUUGUUAAGGACGAGAAAAACGAAUGGCCCUACUCACCAGCAUCAGAUGUAUUUUCAUUAGGAGCCACAUUAUGUUGGACCAUGACAGGGCAAGCCAUUUUGUCGGAUGAACCACAAGAGGUCAAACAGCACUUGAAAAAUUUGCAACGCACAAACUACAGUGAAAUGUUACAUGAGGUUGUGACACAAAUGAUGCAUCCAGAUCCAACAAAAAGAUUGACAUUAGAGGAAUUACAAAAAUCAUUGACCUCUGGUGGUACCUACAACGACGACCAACUCAACCCAUCCGUCACAAAGAAUUAUUCAUUUCUAAAAUUACUUGCAGUGGAAUUUAGCAAACAGAAACGCAACCAUUCAGAGGCCACCACUAAUAAGCAAGUUCUAACACGACCCAUUCGAACUAAAACUGUCGUCAGUAGCGUAUCAACUCCUGCCCAAAAUGACAAUAUUUUGAGCCAACCCAGUGAGAGUGCUGGUGGCAAUCACUCCAAAAUAGCUGAGAAAAGAGUAGGCAGUGACUUUUCAUCCGAAGAGGUGAUUCAACCACGAAGUGCAUCCUUUGUGAAAUCACGCAAGUACAGAAAAUCCAAAAGUUCGACUUCAAGUAGCUUAGCCGAUACGAGUAUGAAGCCACCAGCUAGAACGAAAUUAUUAUCUUCUCCCCCUCCUCUUGUUAAUAAGACUCCAACUAGCAAAGAGAGUCACAACCAAGUGAGAAAUGCAUCCUUGCAAGCUUCCUCCUCCACCUUCCCAAGAAAAACCACUGUCUUGCAAGACAAAACGAUCGCCUCUUCCUCCUCUCAAAUAACACGCAGCGAAACAACAGACAAAACAACAUCCUUAGCAGCCUAUAGAUUAGCAAAUCUAGAUAUAGGACUUAUUGAUAUGAUUAUGGACCCGAAAAUAACAGAGGAACAAUUUGAGGCCAUUGAAAACGAGUUUUAUGAGAUAUUUCCUCUAACUAAAGUGGAAAAGUUGUCAAAGCUCGUGGAUGACAUUAUUGCAGAAGAUAUGAAAAGACGAGAGACGAAAAGGUAG